AUGCAAGGAAACAUGGAGCAACGUUACGCCAUCAAAUUUUGUGUUAAACUUAAGAAAACAAAACAAGAAGCUUAUGGAUUGUUAAAAGAAGCCUAUGGGGAUGAAAGGAUGAGCCAAGCAAGUUUCUACCGGUGGUUUAACAGAUUUUCUGAAGGAAAUGAACAAGUUGAAGAUGAACCCAGAUCUGGCGCACCAAAAAGUGCACGCAAGGAGGAAAACAUUGAGGAAGUGCAAAGGUUAGUGAUGCAAGACCGUCGAAUAUCUGUGAGGAUGAUAUCUGAAGCUGUUGGCAUUAGUACUGGCACAGUAGACAGUUCUGACCGAAGAUCUGAAGCUUCACAAAGUCUGUGCCAAGUUCGUGCCAAAGAUCCUCUCCGACGACCAGAAGCAGUUUUUGUGGAAUGUUGCACCGACAUUCUCGAAAUGAUAGAGGCUGAUUCAGCUUUCCUGAAUAAGGUAGUGACUUGUGAUGAGAGAUGGGUGUUCACCUAUGACCCUGAGAGCAAACGGCAGAGUGCUCAGUGGAAGCACGCAAACUCCCCAGGCCCAAAAAGGCAAAGAUGA